AAGAUAAACUUGAGCUGUAAUAUGGCACAAUUCAAACCACCGCCGAGUUUGAGUCUGGAAGGAAAUCUUGCCGAGAACUGGAGAACGUGGCUGCAACGUUAUGAACUUUUCGCGGUUGCCAGUGGAGUAGAAGAAAAGUCGGAGACGGUGCAAUGUGCCACUUUCCUGCAUGUUGCGGGAGAAGAAGCAAUAAAAGUGAGUAACACGUUUGUUUUCACGGAAGACGAGAGGAACAAGAUUGCUGUGUUGAAAACCAAAUUCAAAAAUUACUGUGAGCCCAGGAAGAACCUGACCUACAUAAGGCAUGUUUUUUUCUCCCGUGCACAAGGUCCCUCAGAAACAAUAGAUGCCUAUGUCACAGACCUGAAAAAUAAAGCUAAAGACUGUGAAUUUGGCAACCUGUGCAAUUCACUGAUACGUGACAGAAUUGUCUGUGGGAUACGUGAUGAUCAACUAAGAGCUCGAUUGCUCAGGGAGGCGGAUCUUACGUUAACAAAAGCACUCGAUGUAUGCCGUGCCAGUGAGAUAACCUCGACGCAAAUGAAAGCUUUACAUGAUGAAGUUGAAGUGCACAAAGUCAGCACAGCAAAAGCAUACAAAAAAGGAGUUAGCAGCACAAAAGACAGCGCGAUGGCCAGUGAAAGGAAAUUUGACUGUGACCGAUGUGGUUACAAGCAUGAGCGAAAAAAGUGCCCAGCGUAUGGACAAACAUGCCGAAAAUGUGACAGGACAAAUCAUUUUGCAAAGAUGUGCCGUGCAAACAGACAACCUAAAAAUAAGAAAAUGCAUGCUGUGGGACAGACACAGGAAGGUGACGGCAGUGAGGAAGAGGAAAUGUUUGUUGGAACUGUAGAGAUGAGAAGCAUUGAUGCGGUUGAAAAUGCCAAAUGUGACCAAGACAGAUGGUCUGAAGAGCUGUUAAUAAACAAGAAGAAAAUCACAUUUCGUAUUGACACAGGAGCUGACUGUAAUGUGAUGUCGGCAAAAACGUUUCACAAGUUGAAUCUCAACAAUAAGCUGCAUGUAUCCAGCUGCAAGUUGGUGGCGUAUUCAGGCCACAAGAUGGAGCCCUUAGGCAAGACGUCAGUCACAUGUCUGUACAAAGGUCAAAAGCACAAGAUUGAAUUUGAAAUCAUUGAGAAAGAUGCUCCAGCAAUACUAGGAAGAGAAUCAAGCACCAAACUAAAAAUGGUGAAGAGGCUGUAUAGCAUGGAAGAUGAAGUGCAGAAAAUGCAGAAAGACUAUGAGCAUCUAUUUUCUGGACUUGGAUGCUUACCAGGUGAGCACAGCAUAAAACUAGACCCUGAAGUAAAGCCAGUAAUACAUGCACCAAGAAGAAUCCCUGUUGCUCUAAGGGACAGAGUCAUUGAACAGCUUCACAAAAUGGAGCAGUUGGGUGUGAUCACAAAACAAUCUGAGCCUACACAGUGGGUGAAUAGCAUGGUGACAGUGGUCACUCCUAAGAAGAUCAGGAUUUGUAUGGAUCCCAAAGAUCUGAACAGGGCAAUAAGAAGAGAGCAUUAUCCACUUCUCACUGUGGAAGAAGUGGUGUCAUGCAUGCCAAACGCUAAGUACUUCUCUGUGUUGGAUGCAAACCAGGGAUUUUAUCAGAUAAAACUAGACGAAGAAAGCUCUAAGCUGUGCACGUUUAACACACCCAUCGGGAGAUACCGAUUCAAGAGGCUUCCCUUUGGCAUAUCAUCAGCGAGCGAGGUGUUCCAGAGAGCUGUGGCCCAGAUGAUUGAGGGGUUAGAGGGUGUGGUGAACAUCAUUGAUGAUCUGUUGGUCUGGGGAGACACACUAGAUCAGCAUGACCAGAGACUGACAAAGCUGCUACAGAGAGCAGAUGAAAAUGACCUCAGAUUCAAUAAGAGCAAGUGCAAGUUCAGGAUGAAGGAGGUCAAGUACAUUGGUCAUACACUCAGUGCAGAUGGGUUAAAGCCUGAUGAAGAGAAAAUACGCGCCAUUGUUCGGAUACCCCUGCCUGAUGACAAACAAGCAUUAAUGAGAUUCAUGGGGAUGAUUCAAUACCUAGCGAAAUUCAUUCCCAAUCUGUCUGAUGUCUCUGCACCCCUAAGGCAGCUGUUGCAGGGAGAGACAGAAUGGCACUGGGAGGAGCCUCAGCAACAGAGUUUUGAAAAAUUAAAGCAGCUGAUCACGGAAGCUCCUACUCUGAAAUAUUAUGACGUCAACAAGGCUGUGACGCUGUCUGUGGAUGCAAGCUCUGAAGGCAUCGGGGCUGUAAUACUACAAGAUGAACAACCCGUGGCAUACGGAUCAAGAGCGCUUACAGAUUGUCAACGCAGAUACGCUCAGAUCGAAAAAGAGCUGCUAGCCAUAGUGUACGGAUGUGAGAAAUUCCAUCAAUAUAUUUAUGGCAGAGAGGUCCAGGUCGAGAGCGACCACAAACCACUGGAAAGCAUCUUCAAGAAGCCACUGCAUCAGGCUCCCAUGAGGCUGCAAAGAAUGAUGAUGCGGCUCCAAAAAUACACCAUGGCAGUAACAUACAAGCCAGGAAAGGAGCUUCACAUUGCAGAUGCCUUGAGCCGUGCCUAUCUACGUGAGCAGAAAGAGGACCUUUUGGAGGAGGACCUGCAAGUGAACUGGAUCACACCGCAGUUGCCUAUAUCAGAGGAGAAGCUGGAAAUGUUCAGAAAUGCAACUGCACAAGACCCAGUACUGCAGGAGCUAAUAAACACAACAAUGAGAGGAUGGCCAAAGGACAGGUCUGCUGUGUCUGACAGUGUGCGACCAUUUUGGACAUUCAGAGAGGAGAUCAGUUUUGCUUCUGGUCUGCUAUUCAAAUCAGAGAAACUCAUUGUACCAGAGCUGUUGAGAGCACAAAUGCUUGACAAGAUACACGAGUCACAUUUGGGCAUGGUCAAAUGUAAGGAAAGGGCAAGGGAUGUUCUUUAUUGGCCAGGCAUGUCUGCCCAAAUUGAGCAAGUUGUAGCGCAGUGUGCUAUCUGCAAUGAGCACAAGAAUAGCAAUCAAAAAGAGCCGCUGAUCUCACACCCCCUGCCAACUAGACCAUGGGAGAAGGUUGGCUCAGACAUGUUUCACAGCAAUGGCUCUGAAUAUUUGCUGUGUGUUGACUACUUCUCAAAGUUCCCAGAGAUAAUGAGGUUGACCGAUACCACCAGUAAGGGUGCUAUAAAUGCCAUGAAGUCCAUGUUUGCUAGGCACGGGAUCCCAGAUAUUUUGGUCAGUGAUGGUGCUCCUCAGUAUGCCAGUGCUGAUUUCAAGAGCUUUGCAGAAAGCUGGGAGUUCAGUCAUGUCUUCUCAAGUCCACACUAUGCUCAAUCAAAUGGACAAGCAGAAAAAGCGGUGCAGACAGUGAAGAGAAUGCUCAAGAAGUCUGGAGAUCCUUACAUUGCACUUCUGGAGUACAGGAAUACACCACUGGAAGGUGUGGGCCUGUCGCCUGCACAGAUGCUGAUGGGACGUCGGCUAAAGACAAAGUUACCAACGUCCACCUCACUACUCACUCCUGAAGGUGCACUCGAGGUUCAUAACAAGCUGAAAGAAAAGCAAGCUAAACAGAAAAGCUACUAUGAUCGUCAUGCUAAGCAUCUGCCGGAGCUACACGCUGGAGAAAAUGUGAGAAUGCAGUCUAGAAACACUUGGAAGCCAGCUGUAGUUCUGAAGCGGCACGAACAACAACGCUCCUAUGUGGUGCGUACACCUGAGGGCAGGAUGCUCAGAAGAAACCGGAGACAUCUCAGGGAGACUGCUGAGAGGGUGUUUCCAUCUUCUACAACUGAGAGAGAAUUGAAUGUGGAUAUGGACUCUAACCAAAGUGCUGCUGAUCAGGACAAUUCACACUUAGAAACCUCAGCACAUGCUCCGCAGUCACACAGUGACACUGUGUGCUCUCCCAAGCAACCGUACCGUACUAAAUCAGGGAGACUGGUCAAGACUCCAAUACGGUUUAGAGAGUAAGGUCAUAAAAAAAAAAAAAAAAAAAAGGAAAAGUGGACUUAAUGUUGAUAAGUUCUAUUGCACUAUUCCAUGUUUGGUUUCAUUUUGCUGCAUACCUGUACUUGAUUACGGAAGAAUAUUUUGUUUGAAUUUAGGGCAGAAAUGUUGAUUAUUGGAAAGUUUUUAUGUAUACAGUGCUGGGUGAUUUAUUUCGUUUUCUUGGAUGUUGUAUCCGAUAGAGGGUAUAUAUGUUAUUGUAGACAAUUUGCUAGAAAAAAAUAUAUAUAUAUAUUUUCUGUUUGUUGUUGUACAA